AUGAAAGUCACUUUUAUUUGCCCGGAGGAGAGAGAGACUGGCAGCGAAUGGAGCGAGUCGGAGAGCGAUUCCGAGGAACUCUCUAGACAACUUGUUGUUGAUGAAGUGCAGGAGGGACCGAUUCUAGCCCCAGCAUACCAUUUUGCGCCGUGUUACUGCUUCAGAGACAACGUUUAUCAGUUUGACGAUUAUCAAAUCAUUUACGAACCCGAUUUUAUGGCAGAUCAGCUCAAUUACAACAACAUUACCAACUUUCCUCCCUUAUCCAGGACUGGCAGCAAUGCCAGCAUCGGCACCCAGCUGAUGCCGCUCAGCCACUCCCCUCCACCUCGAUCUGGUCCUGGCGGCCCUGGCCCUCAGCAGAUCACCGGUCCAAUUCUCGUCCAGAGUGGCGGCCAGACCUUCACGCUCGUUCCGAACACCUUCGAAGCUCGAGCAAGCAUGGAGGGUAAGGUCGAGUCCAAGACGAACAUUUACAUCAAAAUCCGUCCACUCCGCGAGCGCUACCACCUGCAGACCUUGAACCAGGUCGAAAACUAUCUCCGCGAAAUCUUCGCCUCCGUCACUGCCAGCAUGUCCCUCGACCGGGAGAAGCGAUCCACCAUCACGCCAAAAGUAACUGUCCCCGAAGUCUCGCAAGAGUUUCUCUUCGUUGAUUUCGAAUCCAAACUGCCAGGGCUCUCCAUCGACGUUGCCAAACGAUUCGUCACUGAGAUCAACGAUCUCGUCGGACCCAACACGGCGCAAUAUGCAAAGGAAAAGCUGCGAGACAAGACAAACGUCUACUUCCAGCCUUUGCCCUUCAACUGCACCAAAGAAGACCUCCAAGAGUGCAUCGCCGACAAGCUCAAGCAAAAUCAAAUGGACAUUGAUUGGAGCUCGAACGAGGUCACCUGCCACGUCCAAGCUGGAAAGGAUGGCAAGAACCCGGUUGGUUUUUGCCGCCUGCCCACCCAAGACCACGCCCAAACUGUCAUCGACUUGAUGAACAAUCGACAAUGGGCGGAUGUUGGCAUUAAAUAUGCGCUAUCUGAACCAUGCUUGCGACUUGUAGUCAAGUUGGCAAAUGCGAAGGCUAACCGCAGCCGACAAACUGUCAUUUUUGCUGAAGGAUCGCAGUUCAUGAACCAGCCGAUUCAAAUCGUCGCCAGCCCGGUUCAAAUUGUUCCGAUCCAAGGAUCUCCCCACCCCCAUCAACCCUAUCCUCAGCCAAUCCCAAUUCAACUGGAGCCCAUUCAACCUACCAGCCUUCACCAUUCAUCAUCCCAGACGUCUAUUACGGCUCCUCCUCCACUGACUUCCCAGCCCUCUCUCACCAAUCUCAACACUUUUGCUGCUGUUGAUGCUGCCUUUGGAAUUCCACCUCAAGUACCAUACACUGGAGACUUCUUCAGCAGCUCCAUUCCAAUGGUCGACAUUCCCAUUGGCGCCACAACUGCAACGACUCACUACACCCCAAUCAUCGGCCCCUUCGGCUCUCCAGAGCGUGGCCAGAUGACAGAUUCCCUCUCGUCAUUCCCGUCCAACACCAACACUUCCAACUGUUACCAUCCCCUUACCAACCCCACUUUCUAA